AUGUGGCGCCCUCUGGCAGCAGAUCUGCGUUCCUGCCACGUAGCCUUGGAAAGAAGAUCGAAUUUCCAGGGACCUCAGCCAGUGGCCUCGUCCUCGAGGUCGAAGACGCCUAAAGAGGAGGAUCGGAGGGAGGGCAACGCAGCAGUAGCACCGGCAGUGGCUGCCCCGGGCAGAGAGGUAUACGGUGCCAGUGCGGACUGUCAGGAGCUGCCAUUGGAGCCCACUGAGGGCAGGUCUGAAUGCAAUAGAUGCUCUUGGCCUCAGAAGGUGUCUUUGUGUCCAUUUCUACCAGUGCAUCCUUUGCACACACCUACUCACUUGUACAUAAUUCACCAUUCAGCAGAGGAAAGCCAAGUAUCUCAGACGGUACCUCUACUAGCAGCAUUUCCCCAGGACAAGAGUAAAGUCAAGACUGGUCAUUGCUUCCGUGAAGGAAGAGAUCCUGAACUUUCAAGGGUUUGUCAGAAUUCUGGUAUGCUAUUAUUAUAUCCAGGGGCUGAAGCUGCUAAUUUGGAAGAAUUUAUAUGGUCUUCUAUUUAUCCUUCUACAGGCAUCGUCACUGAUGGCACAUGGAGCCAGGCUAAGGACACCUUUGAUAAGAAUUCCUUGUUCCCACUGCCCAAACAGGUGCAGUUGAAAACGAGCAUUUCUAGUCAGCAUGUGAUUCGGGGGCAACCAGCUCAUAGGUUUCUGUCACUGGAGUGCGUAGCUGUUGCUCUUUCCAUUUUGGAGAAAAGUAAUUACAUACAAGAGAAUGUUUUAUUGCACUCAUUAACAUCUCAGUCUUUGGAACAUGGAGCACAGGCAUAUUUACUUUGCUUCGCCCUUCUGAAAAAUGGACUAUAUCCUAAGCCAAUGCCAAAGAACAAACACAAACUCAGGAAAAUGGAACUGUUAAUGAACAGUGUUAAAGUUUAG